AUGGAUUCUUGUUGUGCUACUUUGAACCCUAAUGUGCAUGUUCGAAAAGGUGUGGAUUGUAUCGAAAAUGGGUUCUGGGGAAGGAAGAUCGAUCGUGUUGGAUCACAUAGAACUACUCAAAGCAGAAAGAUGAAGAAAGUUGGAGUUGUUCAUUCUGUUCUUAAAUCGCCCAUUGAUGAGAUGUUGACAUUUGAGACACCAUUCUUUGAUGAACGAACAGUAGACCCUAAAACAGUAGCUUCGAUUAUCUUGGGUGGAGGUGCAGGAACUCGACUGUUUCCUCUUACUAGAAAAAGAGCUAAACCAGCUGUUCCGAUCGGCGGAGGUUACAGACUUAUUGAUGUACCGAUGAGUAAUUGCAUCAACAGCGGCGUAAGAAAGAUCUUCAUCUUGACGCAAUUUAAUUCCUUUUCGCUCAAUCGUCACUUGGCUCGAACGUAUAACUUUGGAAAUGGCAUGAGUUUUGGGAAUGGAUUUGUGGAGGUUCUAGCUGCCACUCAAACACCAGGAGUAGCAGGAAAGAAAUGGUUUCAAGGAACCGCAGAUGCCGUACGCCAAUUUAUAUGGGUGUUCGAGGAUGCUAAGACCAAGAAUGUUGAGAACAUAUUAAUACUAUCUGGCGACCAUCUUUAUCGAAUGGACUAUAUGGACUUUGUUCAGAAACAUGUUGACACGAAUGCCGAUAUAACGGUUUCUUGCAUUCCGAUGGAUAAUAGCCGAGCAUCUGACUACGGACUAAUGAAAAUUGACGAGACCGGACGGAUAGUCCAUUUUGCUGAGAAACCAAAGGGCGACUUGCUAAAAUCGAUGCAAGUCGACACCCGUGUUCUUGGGUUAUCCGAUGACGAGGCCUUGAGAAACCCGUACAUUGCAUCCAUGGGCGUUUACGUAUUCCGAACCGACGUCCUGCUAAAACUUUUGAGGUGGAAGUACCCUUCGUGCAACGACUUUGGCUCCGAAAUCAUUCCUUCUGCAGUUGCGGAACACAAUGUCCAAGCGUAUCUAUUCAACGAUUAUUGGGAGGAUAUCGGUACCAUAAGGUCUUUCUUCGAUGCCAACCUAGCCCUUACUGAACAGCCUCCGAAGUUUGAUUUCAACGAUCCAAAGACUCCGUUCUUCACGUCACCAAGAUUCUUGCCACCUACCAAAGUCGAAAGAUGCAGGAUCGUCGAUGCAAUCAUCUCCCACGGUUGCUUUUUGCGAGAUUGUAGCGUCCAACACUCGGUUGUCGGUAUUCGAUCCCGUCUCGACCAAGGCGUCCAGAUUAAGGAUACCAUGAUGAUGGGUGCAGACUACUACCAAACGGAUUCGGAAGUCGCCGCUUUGAUAGCAAAUGGAAGAGUUCCGAUCGGUGUUGGAGAAAACACCAAAAUCAUGAACUGCAUAAUUGAUAAGAACGCAAAGAUCGGAAAAAAUGUAGUGAUUGCGAACAAAGAUGGCGUUGAAGAAGCAGACCGUUCGGAUGACGGGUUCUACAUCAGAUCCGGGAUAACCGUCAUCCUCAAGAACGCAACCAUUAAAGACGGGAUCAUCAUAUAA